AACACCUUGAAAUGAUCUACAGGCAAACUUCCGAACAAACCCUUGCGAUUCUAGAACUAUCCAUGCCUCGCUCUUAAACCCCCUAUCUUCCGCUCCAUGUGUUUCGCACCUCUAAAUACUUUCAUCAUCUUCUGGUUAAACCCUACCCUCCAAAACACACACACCAAUGGCCCCUGCGAUAAGCCGGAGUGUAGCUUCCUUUGCUGCUCUUCCAUGUACUCCGUCUUUUGCUCAGAAGACUUCCAGUUCCAACAGGCUAGCCUUAAAAGGCGCUUUCUUGCCCAGAAAUGGAAUCAAGAACAGGCUAUCUAGCUCAGCGUUAAAUUGGAAGCUUGGGAGGAGAGAUGGUCUGGUUGUGGUUAAGUGUGCGGCAUCUGCCGUGGCUGAAAAGGAAGCUCCUGAGAGCUCUGGAGAGACACAUGAGUACCAGGCUGAGGUCAGUCGCUUGAUGGACUUGAUAGUUCACAGUCUAUAUAGUCACAAGGAAGUCUUUCUUCGUGAACUUGUUAGUAAUGCAAGUGAUGCACUGGACAAGUUAAGGUUUUUGAGCGUGACUGAUCCUUCUCUACUUGGAGAUGCUGGUGAGCUUGAGAUUAGGAUCAAACCUGACCCAGACAAUGGGACCAUCACCAUAACUGAUACUGGGAUAGGAAUGACUAAGGAAGAGCUCAUAGAUUGUCUUGGAACCAUUGCACAGAGUGGUACUAAAAAGUUUUUGAAUGCUCUCAAGGAGAAUAAAGACCUUGGAGCAGACAAUGGGUUGAUUGGUCAAUUUGGUGUUGGAUUUUAUUCUGCCUUCUUGGUUGCUGAAAAGGUUGUUGUUUCCACGAAGAGUCCUAGAUCCGACAAGCAAUAUGUUUGGGAAUCUAUUGCUGAUAGCAGCUCAUACAAGAUUAGGGAAGAAACUGACCCUGAAAAGCUCCUUCGUAGGGGGACACAAAUUACUCUCUAUUUGAGGGAGGAUGACAAGUAUGAGUUCUCAGAGCCUAAGAAAAUUCAAGAUUUGGUGAAGACUUACUCACAAUUUGUUUCAUUCCCCAUCUACACUUGGCAAGAGAAGUCGAGAACUGUAGAUGUGGAAGAAGAAGAGGAACCAAAGGAAGGAGAAGAAAAGACUGAGGGGGAGAAGAAAAAGACAAAGAAGACCAAAACUGAAAAGUAUUGGGACUGGGAAUUAGGAAAUGAUACUAAACCUAUAUGGAUGCGAAACCCUAAGGAAGUUGAGAAACAACAGUACCAUGAAUUCUACAAGAAUACAUUUAAUGAAUUCUUGGAUCCAGUUGCUUAUACUCAUUUCAGCACAGAGGGAGAGGUGGAAUUUAGAAGUGUCCUUUAUAUCCCUGGCAUGGCACCUCUGAAUAAUGAAGAUGUCGUGAAUCCAAAGACGAAGAACAUAAGGAUGUAUGUCAAGCGUGUGUUCAUUUCUGAUGAUUUUGAUGGAGAAUUGUUCCCGAGGUACCUGAGCUUUGUAAAAGGUGUGGUGGACUCUGAUGACCUUCCUCUUAAUGUUUCAAGAGAAAUCCUUCAGGAAAGCCGAAUUGUUAGGAUAAUGAAAAAGAGACUAGUGAGGAAAACAUUUGACAUGAUUCAGGAUCUUUCUGAAAGUGAGAACAAAGAGGACUACAAAAAAUUCUGGGAGAACUUUGGUAAAUUUUUGAAAUUAGGAUGUGUUGAAGACAGUGGGAAUCACAAGCGCAUAACACCAUUGCUUCGGUUUUUCUCCUCCAAGAAUGAGGAGGAGCUAAUAAGUCUGGAUGAUUAUGUUGAGAACAUGGCAGAGAAUCAGAAAGCCAUAUACUAUUUGGCUUCAGACAGCUUGAAAAGUGCGAAAAAUGCUCCUUUCUUGGAGAAACUUGUCCAAAAGAACAUUGAGGUUUUGUACCUGGUUGAUCCAAUUGAUGAAGUUGCUAUACAGAAUCUACAAACAUACAAGGAGAAAAAGUUUGUUGAUAUAAGCAAGGAGGAUUUGGAGCUAGGUGACGAGGAUGAGGUAAAAGACAGGGAAGUGAAGCAAGAGUUCAACCUCCUCUGUGACUGGAUAAAACAACAACUGGGGGAUAAAGUAGCAAAGGUUCAGGUUUCAAAGCGUUUAAGUUCAUCUCCAUGUGUUCUCGUCUCUGGCAAGUUUGGAUGGUCUGCAAACAUGGAAAGGUUGAUGAAGGCUCAAACCCUUGGAGACACCACCAGUUUAGAGUUUAUGAGGGGUAGAAGAAUAUUGGAGAUCAAUACUGAUCAUCCCAUUGUCAAAGAUCUAAGUGCUGCGUGCAAAAAUGCACCCGAUAGUGAUGAAGCAAAGAGAGCGGUUGAUCUGUUAUACGAGACAGCAUUGAUCUCCAGUGGCUUCACUCCUGACAGUCCAUCUGAGUUGGGGAACAAGAUAUAUGAGAUGAUGGCAAUGGCUCUUGGAGGAAGGUGGGGCAGGUCGGAUGAAGAAGACACUAAGGAGACACCUGUAGGUGAGGAAUUGUCAGAGGGUAGCGAAAGUUCUUCUUCACCUGAUGACUCGGAAGCACCACCUGUCGAGCCGUCAGAAGUAAGAGUUGAGAGUGAUCCCUGGAGCGAGUGAUUAUUUAAGCGAUGAAAGUGUUUUUCUGCAAAGGAAUUUGUUUUCACGUUAUUCUGGGUGGGUCAUAUUCUCUCGGUAGAAGAGUUGUAUUUGAGAUCUUUUUGGGUAAAUGGUUGAUUAAUAAAAUAUCCUUUUUUCUGAAUGAUUCAUGGCACGCGAUAUAUCAUAUAUCAAACAUGCAUGCACUCACGCACAUCGGC